AGAGCGCAUGCUCACAGCAGCAGUUCGGCGCUAAUAACCACCUCCAUAUGUGGCCCCUGGUGGCAGCGCUUCUGUUGGGUUCUUUUCACUGUGAUUUGGCACAGCUAAACUUUAAAAAUAUUAACUCUGUGAAGGUUAGUCGUUGCAACAGAGUUGUUCUUAUUCCAUGCUAUGUCUCCAACAUAGAGGCAGAAAACAUCAAUGAAUUAUUUUUGAAGUGGAAAUUUGGACAAGAUGUAAUUCUUAUCUUUGACGGACAUGCAAACAAAUCUACAAUUUAUACAUUUCCAAGUGCACAAAUUUCCCCCUCAGAAUUUCUAAAAGGAAACGCUUCUUUGAAGUUGGCUAAGAAUGAGGCUAAAGAGGGAAAUUACACAUGUGAAGUGACAGAAUUGAGCAGAAAGGGGAAACACACCGUGGAGCUAAAAUAUAGCGAUGGUUCAUGGUUUACUUUAAGUGAAAAUAUUCCCAUUAUUAUUCUCCCAUUUUUGACUAUACUUCUGUUCUGGGCACAGUUUGGUAUUUUAAUACAAAAAUAUAAAUCCAACCCCAUGAAUAGGAAAAUUCUUAUUUUAUCUACUUCUGGACUAUUGAUCACCAUAGUUGUCAUUGUUGGAGCCGUCCUUUUUAUCCCAGGUAAUUAUUCAAAAAGGAAGGGUUAUGGGCUUAUUUUACUCACUAGUCCUUCAGUGAUACCUGUAUUUCUUCAGUACCACAAGUUUAAGCCAGCGAUUGGGAGGACCCUCCAGGCCAUGAUCAUAUCAACCAUUGUUCAGGCACUGGGCGUUGUACUCACUCUGGUGGGACUAUAUCUCAUUGCAUCUGACUGUGUACCAAAAUAUGGCCCCCUUCUAAUUUCAGGUUUGGUCAUAGUAACUCUAGUAGAAUUAUUCGGACUAAUUUACAUGAAAUGGCUUGACCCACUUGUAGUGUUUCAAUAAGACAUGAAAGUGCAGGCAGUGCUGUCUUUCUCUCUGAGUUCCACACUUUGUCUCAGUGGCUCUCAAGGAAUACUAAAUCCAUCAGUUUCUAGUCCAGAGCAAGGUGCUGGAUGUUCCAGGCACCACUGAGUCACCUUGCCUUUCUCACAGCUGCAGCCAGCUGAUGGUUCUCCAAGGAUACUGUUUUCCCCAAGCCAGUGUGGACUUCGGCAUUCCUUCAAGUUCCAACAAGAAUGGUGGAUAGAGGAUAGUUUGCAGUCUUAUUACUUUGUAAAAAGUGCCAACUCCUUGAUUGUAACAGAAAACAAUAAAAACAUUAAAUCCA